AUGGAUCGUCGUUGUCUUGGAAUUUAUACUUUCGACAAAAACUUAAAUAAAAACGAAGAUCUUAUACGUAUUCGUCAAUUGGCAUUUGUGGAUGAUUUUGAGAAUAAAUAUACAAAUAUUACAGAAUGUAUUCUUGAUGUUGAUAAAACUGGUAGUAACCUUUUAUGUCGAUGCAAUUCAGAUAAUUGUACAUUAAAAUGGAAAACAGCCGAUAAUUUAAAUGAAAAAAUCUAUCACAAUCAAAAUAUUAUUAAACAACAAGAAUAUAGUAAUUGGUUUCUUCCACUGAUGAUUAGUCUUUCAAUUAUUAUGAUAAUUAUUUUUAUUAGUGUAAUCAUAUUUAUUAAAUAUCACGGUAUUAAAAAACGUAACGAAAAAGAUAAUCGAUCAUUUCUAACAAAUAUCUCAACAACAUCAACAAAUAUUUCUAACAUAGAAAUCGAUGAAUUCCUAUCAUCCAAUCCUCCUUAUCAAUCAAUUAUUAGUCAUGGAAAAACUAGUACUAUCUAUCGAGCAUUAACAACACGAAAAGAAACUUUUCAACAUGAAAAAAAACUUUUAGCUAUUAAAGUUUAUCAUGGACAACAACAUAAAAAUUUAUUCGACAAUGAAUUACAAGUUUUAAGAAUGAUUCAUCAUCCAUCUACCAUUAAUUUUAUCAAUCAUGGAUGGUAUAAUCAAUCUCCAUAUCUUCUCCUCGAAUAUCAUGAUCUUGGUUCACUUAAUAAUUAUCUUCGUUCACAUAAACUAUCUUGGUCAACUUGUUACUCAUUUCUUCUCUCUCUUGUCGAUGCAAUUGAUUAUCUUCAUUACGAAGAUCUAUCACCAAAUGAUUAUCUAACAAUAAAUCGUAUUCGUAAACCAAUUAUUAUUCAUCGUGAUAUAAAAAGUUCCAAUAUUCUUAUCAAAUCAAAUUUAACUCUUAGUUUAUGUUUAAUUGAUUUCGGUUUAGCAAAAAUUCUUCCACCUAUUUUAACAUCAAAUGAUUUCAUUCAAAUUGGUACAUAUCGUUAUAUGGCACCGGAAUUACUUGAACUUGCUAUAACACAUACAAGUAAUGCUUUAUGUAAAGUUGAUAUAUAUGCACUUGGACUUGUUCUAUGGGAAAUUAUUACACAAUGUCAAGAAUAUUCAUAUUCCAUCGAUUAUCAACUUCCCUAUGCUGAAUAUGUUAAAACAAAUGAAACAAAUGAAAAUAAAAUUUUAGAUAUACUUCAUCAAGUUGUUGUGAAUGAACGAAAAAGACCAGCUAUUCAUCGAACAGCAAAUAUGAAUUCCAAAAUAUCUGAAGUAUUAACAAUCAUUGAAGAUUGUUGGAAACAUGAACCUGAAUCAAGAAUAAAUGCUCGACCUGUACUACAUCGCCUACGACGUCUUGAAUAA